CUUGAGUCUGAGCGCCCUCAUAAAAGCGGCGGCAGCCGAGAAAGGAAAGUCCCACCUGGCAGACAAUAUUUGAUCUAUAUGUCUACAUAUACUCGAGAUUCUCCAAUGACGGUGCCGCCAACCUCCACUAGAGCCUCAAUCGCAUCUCAAAUGCAAUCCUCGUUAUUGCCAUUGGGCCUACUCCUCCCCCCUGUCGACGAAUCCCCCCAGCGCGACCUCCAAUUGGCGGGGACGCCGCGGCCCCACCGGCGAUAAAAAAAAGUGACAACCCCAUCGCGAUCAACCCCCAAAGGAGUUCGGAAUCAUUGAAGGGGCCCAGCCUGCCAGACUCCAGGAUGCACCAUGAGCAAGCGCUCUUUCGAUGAGUCCAGGGGCAGCCAGCCAUCCGAGGCCGAUCACAAUGGCCUGCUGCCCGUUCAUGAACUGCUCUCGCCCGACGACCAGGAACGUGACCCGACUCCACCCGCGGGUCAGACCAAGAAGCCCCGGAACUUCAUUGCCACGGUGGCUUGCGAGACGUGUCGCUUGAAGAAAACACGAUGCGAUGAGUCGCGACCGAAGUGUGGGCUGUGCAAGUCCCUUGGUCUGGAUUGUGUCUAUAAUGAACGAAAAUCUUCAAAACGGGAUCAAUCUCUUACGAUGAUCAUGAGCACUCUUCAUCGGUUGGAGACGAAGCUGGAGAAUAUCCCGUCAUCUAUUCUCAGCGACCUUCAAUCGCUAGAAGGCCAAUUGCGCCACGUGGGCGACCGUUCGCAAGAGGUGAAUCCAUCUCCUGGUCGUCGCGAUGAAGGACGGCAUACAUCUAUCAUGCCGUCCACGACGACCCCUGGCUUCACCCCAGCCGCUCGAAACGGGGACGACUUUGACUGGGAACAGAACCAGUCCACUCCGGAUGCCUCUGGUCGUAUCUCCAUUUCUUUCAGUCAACAUGGAGUCAUUCUAUGGCCGGGUGCACGCAGUAUUCUUCCCGAGCAGCUACUCUCGGCAUACGAGCUACUGGGCAAGAACUACGUGAUCGAGCUGGAAUCGACGCGUCCCCCUCUGCCCAUGUUCACAAGCCCAUUCCCGCUACAUUCGGGGGACCAUUGGCUGGAAGUAUUGCCAUUGGCCAUGAUCAAAGGCCUGGCCGAUGCAUUCUUCGCAGUGUUCAAUCCAUUCACGCCGAUCAUGGAUAAAUCCUUCUUUUUCUCGUUUACGCUCGGUGCGGCCAUCGAGAGUGGCUUUGGCUACACCAUGGAGAGCUGUUUGGCUCUGAAUGUUCUGGCGCUUGGUUGCUUGGGUAUGCUAGCCUAUCAAGAAGGAAAUUAUCCACUGCCGGGAACGCAGAGCCAUCGCUUCGAGCCGCCAGAGUGGAUGAACGUGGUGUAUGAGGAACAGCCUGGCUUGCGGUUCUUCAAUGAAGCCCGUCGUCGGAUUGGCUUUUUGAUGUGCAACAAUGACAUCCAGAGUUGCCAGUUCUUCCUGCUUUCUUCUGUCUACUACAGCCAGAUUCCCCGUCCAAUGGAUGCCUGGGCAAUGAUUCAUCGUGCGGCCACAUGUUGCCUCUCCAUGCUGACCAACCACGACGUAAGCUUCGAUGAAUGGGAGGGAGAUAUGAAGUCUCGCGUAUACUGGAAUUGCCUCAUGAAUGAGACGAUCCUAGUCCAAGAGCUGCACCUCCCACCUAGCGGACUUUCUCGUCUCGAGGAGCAAGUUCCCAUUCCGAAAUUCAUCGCCUUCGAAUCGACUGGCUACUCGUCCACUCGGUAUCCCUCGUCCACGGUCGUCGAUGAUUCAUAUUUCCAGUAUCAUUUCCUCGCACAAGUGGCACAUCGCAUCAUCUUGACUCGUAUCCGGCAUUCCCUAUAUUUCUACUCCGACUCUGGAACUAUUCCUCUCCCAGCCGUCAACACCGAGCUCCAUCACCAGCUUGAACAGUGGCGCAAUAAUCUCCCAUCUGCCAUUCAAUUCACCGACGCGCAACUCCAGCCAUGCUACUCGACCCCAGCCGCUGACAUGUCAUCCGUCCACCCCUCGCCUGCCUCUGCAGCAUCUCCAAAUCAUGUCACCCCACGCCCGGCAGAUUCAAGCCGUCCACUAUCACCCGCGGUAGCAGUCACCGAUGCCAUGCUACGAGGCCGAUACAUGAUCGCAAAGUUCCACAUUGGCCGGCCGUAUCUUUACAAAGCGCUUCGCAUCCCCAACUUGUUAACGGACGACGAUCUUGAGCAGAUCAAAAGUGGACUCCAUAACGCGAUGGACUGGCCCGUGACACAGGGCAUCUUCCGAAAGAUGAAGAGUUGCAUACCUAUCAAGUUUGCAUUUUGUUCACAAUUCUUCGGACAGAUCCUUCUCUUCUACUGCAUUGCUCAUUCGCCCAGUGCCCGAGUCCGUGACACGUUACCUAGCGGUUGGGAACGUUGGAAUGAAGAGAUGAUGCGAUUCUUAGAUGACUGCGCCCGAACAAGUCCUGCUGUGGCGCAAGAUUUAGAGCUGCUGCGCUCUUUAUGGCCUGGACAUGAGUGAUGCCCCUGGGCAGAGCGCUUCUUUGCCACUGCCUAGAUUUUGUCUACUAGGUACUAGCUCAAGGAAGGUCAGAUCUUCAUGUGCUAUAACGGUUCUGAUGCUGUAUGUGUUCGUUUCGGUGGCUCUUUCCUCUGUGUACGGCGUUGGUGGUGUCAGGAGUAUCUUCGUUCCAUAGAUUUAAUUGAUAAUCUGAUAUUGCCCUUUGAAUUACAAUGAAUUUACCCGCACGAUCCAUCUCCAUAGUCACCUCCGUGAUCUCAAGGGAGAAUUGCCCACGCUUAUGACUGGGGAUGCAGGCUAUACACUUCAAGGCCAGGUAGUCGAUGGACCGAAGUCUAUAUGCUCCCCCCAUCAAGCCGGCAUAGAAAGCUGCUUCAAGAACACUGCUUGAUUGGAGGCAGAAGGCAGGGCUCAAGAUACUGGCUUUCGGCUUUUGAGGAGACUGGCAAUAUUGGGCCGCUGUUCAAAGGUCUCUUUGAACUUGAGGAGCGACUCCGGGAGGGUGGACUAAAAGUAAAAGUAAACGACUGUAAGAAAGGGGAUGAAAGUUCAUCGAAAGACUUACCGGAAGAGUGCCGGUUCUUGCAUCAUUAUCGAUGGAUUGAUAGACCGCAAAAUCGGCAUAGGUGACCUUGUCACCCAAGAGAUACGGGCCGCCACGGUCAUUGUAGUACUGGCCCAGGACUUUGUAGUAUUGGGGCACAAAAUCGUCUUUGUAGGCAUCCUCCUUCUUUCCCAAAUUGGCUACCCAACGAGACUGCA